AUGGGACAAAUUGUCAAAUUAUUAAUGGAUAAGGUGACACAAUCACGUCUUCAAUUCCUUUAUCAACCAACUGAUUUAAUCAAACAUUUAAAUCCUUAUUUGGUACCAGCAAUAUAUGGCGGAGAAUGGUAUGAUGAUAGUGGAUAUGCGGAAAAACCGGAAUUAGUAUGUCAAAAACCAAUUAAAAUAGAACCGGAACAUUAUUAUAAUUGUGAUUUACUUUGGCAAAAGUAUGGUUUUACAAAAGUUCCACCAAAAUGUUUGGAAAUAAUCAAACGAAAGCAAACAUUUGAAGUACAAAAAAUUUGUACAACAGAAUCACAAAUACUAUUAUGGCAUUUUACGGUAAGUACUGACAUUGAAUUUAUGAUAAUAGCAACAAAUGAAAUGGAUGAUGAACAAAUUGUAUGGCCUAAAAUAACACUUAAAAGUUUAGGAACACCAGAACAAGGUUCAAUUAGUUGUAAAUGUAAUUGUAAAUAUACCUUACUUUUUAAAAAUCCAACUCGAUUUUUAACACCAGCACGAUUAAAGUAUGCAAUUGAAUUAUGUUCAAAUGUUAUAAUUUGA